AAUAGUCAAGAAUGUAUAAGUCUUUCUCCACUGCAAUUUCCUAGCAUUUCCAAAUAUUACAAACUCCUCCUCCUCUCUCUCUCACACACACACUCUCUCUGCCUACUGAAUUUUAUUGCUACGCAAUUUUAAUUUCCAUCAGACCAAAAAAAUGAAGCAAAAGGUGGUUAUCAGAUUAUAUUUGAGUGGGUGUGAUCAGAAAUGUCGGAGCAAGGCCUUCAAAAAAGCUGUCUCUCUGCCUGGUGUGGAAUCAGCAGCUAUGACAGGGGACGAAAAGAACCAAUUAGAAGUAGUGGGUGAGAUUGACGCUGUGGAACUGACGCGUGUGCUCAGGAAGAGUAUGGGGCAGGCGGAACUGGUGAGCGUUGGCCCUGAUAAGAAGAAAGAAGAAAAAAAGCCCGAAGUUGUAGCUAUUGAGACACUGCCACAACCCGCCUUGUAUUGCUAUGCCUAUCCGCCUCAAUGCCCUGUUUACCAAGUUACAGAUUCAGAUGGUUUUUGUUCCAUUAUGUGAAAAUAUGCCAAUUUGGACUACCUAUUGAAAACAGAGUGUGUAAUAUUGGAACGGAACUACUCCACAAAAUGAUACUGGAAGGUCGAAACAGUGUCGUUUGAGUUGUUGGUCCAUCCAGAGAGCUUAGUUAAUUUUUAUUUCUACUUUUUUGGGUCUUUUGAAAUCCCUUUAUUGAAAAAUAAGAAUUUCGGAUUGGAUGAUCAAAGUGAUUUUAUAUAUACUUCCUUUGUCUCAAAA